GUGUGAAGUAAGCAAUCUGUUCUCAUUUGCUAUUAACAGCAAAAGCAUAACUUUAUCUCUUAACUUAUUUGACUUCAUUAUUUGGCUUUCAAUUAACAAUGUGAAAGCCAUACAGAAAUUAGCUUGUGACCUAUAAGAUAGAGACUUAAGUAAUUUGAUGAAAACAUUACAUGAGAUGAUAUUCAGAUUUUCUCUCAAGGCAGGACUCCAACACUGCAGGUGGAAAACCAACAAAAGGAACAAGACAGAAAGGAGGAAAGGGAAGAUGAAAGACCGACUUCAAGAACUAAAGCAGAGAACAAAGGAAAUCGAACUUUCUAGAGAAAGUCAUACGUCAACUGCAGAAGUAGAAGAACAAGGGGUGUUUCUGCAGCAAGCUGUUAUUUAUGAAAGAGAGCCUGUAGCUGAGAGACAUCUACAUGAAAUCCAGAAACUACAGGAGAAUAUUAACAAUUUGGCAGAUAAUGUUCAAAAAUUUGGGCAACAACAAAAAAGUCUAGUGGCUUCAAUGAGAAGGUUUAGUCUACUUAAAAAAGAGUCUAGCAUUACAAAGGAGAUAAAAAUCCAAGCAGAACACAUUAACAGAAGUUUGGAUGAUUUAGUUAAAGAAGUUAAAAAGUCAGAGGUUGAAAAUGGUCCAUCAUCAGUGGUCACAAGGAUACUUAAAUCUCAGCAUGCUGCAAUGUUCCGCCAUUUUCAGCAAAUCAUGUUUAUAUACAAUGACACAAUAGCAGCAAAGCAAGAGAAGUGCAAGACAUUUAUCUUCCGUCAGCUUGAGGUUGCUGGAAAAGAGGUACCUGAAGAAGAAGUAAAUGAUAUGCUCCAUCAAGGAAAAUGGGAAGUCUUUAAUGAAAGCUUACUUACAGAAAUCAAUAUCACUAAAGCACAACUUUCAGAGAUUGAACAGAGACACAAGGAACUUGUUAAUUUAGAGAACCAAAUAAAGGAUUUAAGGGAUCUUUUCAUUCAGAUAUCUCUUUUAGUAGAGGAACAAGGAGAAAGCAUCAACAAUAUUGAGAUGAUGGUGACUAGUACAAAAGAAUAUGUUAACAAUACUAAAGAAAAAUUUGGACUAGCUGUAAAAUAUAAGAAAAGAAAUCUGUGCAGAGUAUUGUGUUGUUGCUGCUGUCCAUGCUGUGGCUCAAAAUAAAGAAGCAAUUUU